CUUGCUGCGCUUCUUUUCUUUUUCUAAGCCAAGUGGCUAAGCCUCAUUAAAUUAAAUAUAUGCUUUAACCACAUUCUGUGCUUAGUAAAGAAGCAUAUUUUCAUUAAAAUGAAGUCUUAUCGCAUAAUAUUAAUAUUCUUUAUGACUAUAAUAAUUCAAAUUCACUCUUUUCCUUUAUUAUAUGGUUCAAGAGAACCUGAAUUUCGUUCUAUUAUCAUAAAAGAUUCAAAGGAAUCUUUUCCGAUUGGUUCAAAACAAUUCAUUAAAUGGAAAUCUUCUUUACCUCCUUCCACUGAGGCUGUAAUUGAAAUAUUAAGUUCUCCUCGGUAUGAGUUUACUCCUCCUGAAAUCAUUUGGAAAACAACAGCCAAAAUUGGCCAUGGAAAAAUUUCUUUUAUUGUAGGUCAAUGGUCUUAUUAUAAUAUUUAUUAUGCUCGAAUUUAUACUCAAAAUCAUCCUCGUGUAUCUGGUACAUCUGAUCAUUUCACUAUCUAUUCUUUACCUAUUUAGUCUUUCAAAACUCUUCAAGUAU